GUCAUCCCGGCUCAAGCCAAAGGUUAUGAUCGCCGUCGUGGCUCGAAACGCGGCUCACAGCCUGCCGCACUACCUGGGCUGUAUCGAGAGGCUGGAGUACCCGAAGGAGCGCAUCGCCAUCUGGGCAGCAACAGACCACAAUGUUGACAACACCACUGCCAUUUUAAGGGACUGGUUGAAGACAGCCCAGCGUGUUUACCACUACGUUGAGUGGAGACCUAUGGAGGAGCCGAGGUCUUACACGGACGAGUGGGGUCCAAAACACUGGCCUCCCUCCCGCUUCAAUCAUGUGAUGAAGCUGAGACAAGCAGCGCUAAAGGCUGCCAGGGAGCGAUGGGCGGAUUACAUAUUGUUUGUAGACAGCGACAACUUGCUGACGAACCCUCGUGUGCUGAACCUCUUGAUCGCCGAGAAUUUGACGGUGGCGGCUCCAAUGCUAGAGUCCCGUUCCCUCUACUCCAACUACUGGUGCGGCAUUACUUCGCAGGGUUACUACAAGCGAACCCCAGACUACCAGCCAAUCAGGGAGUGGAAACGACUGGGCUGUUUCCCAGUGCCCAUGGUGCACAGCACCUUCCUGUUAGACCUGCGCCGGGAAAACAGCAAGGAGCUAGCGUUCUAUCCCCCUCACCCAGACUACAGCUGGGCAUUCGAUGACAUCAUGGUGUUUGCUUUUUCUGCACGUCAGGCAGGUGUGCAGAUGUACGUGUGCAACAGGGAACACUACGGUUUUCUGCCUGUCCCUCUCAAGGCACAGCAAAACGUGGAGGAAGAAAGUGAGAGCUUCAUACACACAAUCACCGAGGCUCUGAUUGACCAUGACCUGGAGCCCUCCGAGUACCUGUAUGCCCUACCGUCGCCGCAGGACACGAUUGGUUUUGAUAAAAUUUUUCUUAUUAAUCUCAAACGACGCCUGGACAGAAGGACCAGGAUGUUGAAAUCAAUGGCUGCUUUGGGUCUACAGGGGGCGCUCACGGAUGCAGUGGAUGGAAAGGCUCUAAAUUCAUCACAGCUGCAGGAACUGGGUAUAGAGAUGAUGCCAGGCUACAAGGAUCCGUAUUCUGGUCGAGUCCUGACAAGAGGGGAAAUUGGUUGUUUCCUCAGCCAUCACUCGAUAUGGAAACAGGUAGUCGACCAGGGCUUCCAGAAGGUUUUAGUUUUAGAGGACGACGUGAGGUUCGAGCCCUGGUUCAAACGCCGUCUGGAGACAAUAAUGGGCAACGCCGAUAAAACUCAGCUUGACUGGGAUCUCAUCUAUGUGGGACGUAAGCGUAUGCAGGUGCAGCAGCCUGAGAAGUCGGUGGAAGGUGUGAACAACCUGGUGGAGGCCGACUACUCGUACUGGACUCUGGGCUAUGCUCUGUCACAACAGGGAGCCAAAAAACUCUUAGCUGCGCAACCGUUAUCAAGGAUGCUGCCCGUGGACGAGUUCCUCCCCGUUAUGUUCAACAAACACCCCAACACUGAAUACAUGUCACAAUUUAAGCCAAGGGACCUGAAAGCGUUUUCCGUGGAGCCGCUGCUCAUUUAUCCCACUCAUUACACUGGAGAGCCAGGCUACAUCAGCGACACUGAGACCUCAACCAUCUGGGACGACGAGGCUGUAGCCACCGAC